AACUGAAAUGAAGUGAUUAUUAGAAGAAAAAACAAAUAUCGUCGCCAUGUUGAAAGCUCGAUGAUAUUUUAUCAAUUCGUGUAAUCUUUUUACUUUCUGGAAUAAAUAUUAAUUAAAAAAGUUAUCAAUUAUUUAUAACCAAAUAUAUUUUGUAUUCAUUAUGGAUAAUUCAUUGUUAGUUUCUAAUCUUAGCAUAUUGGACAAAUUAUAAGCGCAUUGAAAUGAACAAAUCUGUCUUGGAUUAGCUCUACGAGUUCAUUCAUUUCGAAUAAAUUCAUUUUAUUUAGGUUCUGUAAAAAAUAUUAGAAUGGCUGAAAGUACUGGACGAAGAAUGUUUCAUGAAGAUAUUUUUGCUGAAGAUAAUGAAAAGUUUUCUUGGCAACCAUUAGGUAGAACAGUGAACCCUGUGACAAAUGAUGUUACUAAUUAUAAUGUCCAUGCUGGGGGAAGAGGCAAAGAUUCAAGCAAUAGUCCUAGCAGUGAAGAAGAUUCAUUCUACAAAGUUGAUUCCAAUUCUUUGAAAAGAAGUUUCCGGAAGCGAUCUUCCAGUGCAAGUGAUGGGAACAUAGCAGAAGAUACUUCCUCAUCUCAGAAACCUAUUCAAGCUAGCGUUCCUCAUGAGAGAGUAUUGCUAUCCAUUUAUGAUGAUGAUGCUCGAAGUGGAAGUCCCAGUGGCAUUUUUGAGAAAAAAGAUUUGGCUUUUCAAUCAUCAUUCAAAAAAGAUUUUGACAACCUGCAAAGUAAAGGUUUUGGAAACAACUCACUACAUACAGAACUUGAGGCAGUUCGCACAAUUACUAAUCAAGAUGAUCAUUCUAAAGAGCGCAACAAUAGCAAUAGAUCUUUUUCACCUUGUGCAGAUCUGAAAAAAGAGAAAUAUAAAAACUAUAGAUCUAGGAGCCGAAGCAGCAGCAGAGGAUUUGUCGGAUCUAAGUCAAGGAGCGGUAGUAAAGAAGAAAGAAAUGGCAGUCGAAAUCGAAGUAGAGAUAGAAACUUUGGCAAGUAUUUCAAGGGGCGAAAAAGUCUAAGUCCAGGAAAAAGAAGUCACAGUCCUGACUCACGCAGACGAAGUCGCAGUCCUAAUUUUCCUAGGAAGACUCGUAGUCCAGAUUCUCGCAUGAGAGCUCGUAGUCCAGAUUCUCGCAGAAAAAGCCGCAGUCCAGACCUAAAAAGAAGUCGUAGCCCAAAUUCUCGAAAGAAAACCCGCAGUCCAGAUUCUCGUAGACGAACUCGCAGUCCAGUUUCUCGCAGAAGAAGUCGUAGUAGGGACUCGCGAAGGAGGAGUCAUAGUAGAGAUGUUCGCAGGCGUAGCCGAAGUAGAGACAUUCGUCGACGUAGUCGCAGUCGAAGCUAUGAGAGACGCCGCAGGGCCCGUCGAAGUUCAAGCAGAGAUAGAUAUCGAAGAAGGAGACAUUCUCGUAGUAGAAGUCGUUCACGUGAUAGGGGAUCAUCCAAUCGCAAACCAGGCUCUCUUCCGCUUUCAACAUCUGGAGGUGCUAUGACCCCACAAAUGGCCUUGCAACAAACUAUGGCGGCCAUGAGUGCUAAAGCUCAAGCAAUGACUGGCAUUGCUUUACCUAAAUAUUACAAUCCAGCUGCUGUUAAUCCUUUAAAAUAUGCUGAAACAGUUCAAAAGAGGAAAUUACUGUGGCAAACUAAAGAGAAAGAAGAGGUACGUUUUCUAAGCAUUUUUUAUUAGCUUUUACUUAGUUGA